GCCAAUAGCAGCAAGACCAUCCUGAAUAUUGUGAACCCUAAUGCGUGCUGCGUCCACCUACUCUCCUGUGUGGGAGCAACUGGGAACAAUCUGUUGAUGACUUUUUCCACAGAAUAUCCUAGAAGGUCUGUCCUAGAAGGGAUUAACAGUGUUUCAGAACCACCAUCGUAAGAUCUUGAACAUGGGAGAGUGCAUUUCAGUCCGUGUUUUUCUGAUGUUUCUGGCCCUAAUAAGCUAUCUUAUUGCGCUGACAUUCAACAUAUUGGCUCUAUUUGGGCCCUGGACAGGUGCUUUCAUGCAAACCACACAGUAUGUGCUGAGCAAGUCCACAACGCACCUAACCCCGGAUAGAUGGGUACUCUUUCUAUGGGAUGUCCUUAACAUCUGGUUGAUCGGCAUGUUCAUCUAUCUGAUACACAAUCUCCGUAGAAGGGAAGCCUAUACAUGGAUGUACACCACUCCUGCUGUCCUGCCCUAUGGAUUCUACUUGUCCUGGAUCGUAAAUAGCGUUUUGAAUAUGGCAUGGUUAUUUCUGUACGACAAAGAUUUCUGUGUUUGUCAUAGAAAGAUGGUGCCAACACUCCUGAUCACAGCAUUACAGGCCAUCUCAAACUGCGUGAUUAUCAUGUUCUCCUGCUACGGACUGGUCGUCUAUGGAGCGUGGCUCCACAAAUAUCACAACAAUGAUCUCUGGCUCAUUCGAAUACUGGUGCAAAACGGAGUGGCUUUGUAUGCAACAUGGUGGGCUGUGGCUACCUUUUUACACUUGACUGUUGUUUUAGACCAUCAAACCCCAAUACCCAAGACAGAUGCUGCCAUAAUGGUCCUAGUUCUGCUCCAAUUGGGACUCAUAGGAUGGUUUGUCAUAGAGAACUGGUACUUGGAUAAGCACGUGCGUUACAUCCUCACAGUGUAUCCUGUGGUGAUCCUGGUGUUGGCAGCGAGUGUGGCCAAUCCAGCCACGCCCGGUACCCACAUAGACAUCAUGUCUGCUGUCAUCUUGGCCAUAACCAGUGUCAUAUUCAUUGUACGCAUUGUCAUGGUGUUAUGGAAGCACAAGAACAAACCGUUUUACGGCGAAGAGGAGCUCAUGUCUCCAGUGGACAUCGCCAGAACACAGAAGCUCAUCUUUAUGUAGGAAGAAGAGAGCUGCUGCGGAUAUUCAUGUCCCCCUUGUUUGGAUGUUGUUUUCCUAAACAUUUAAUGGCUGAGACGUGAUCAAACUCUCCCUGUGUUGGAUUCCUAAGGCUUUGCUUCAGCAAGACAUGUAGGUGAAGAUUUAGGCUAAUAGUGCCUUUGUACUGUACAGAUUGAGCUCAUAACCAUUGGCCAUGCUAAUGUCUUUCGAGAUCAUAUCAAUUACUGUGUGUGAUAUAAAACUAUGAACCGGAAUUCUCUCAUGACCGCAAUGCUAAUUCAAUGACAUUAAUGUGAAUUUUAGAUUUUUCUGUAUUAAUCUUGAACUACCACCAUAUUGUUUUAUACCAUGAUAUGAUCUACCUUUGUGUUUUGACGUUUUCCUUUAGAUGCAUUUAUGUAUGAAUGGAGCAAUAGAAAUAAAGUGUAUUAUUAUACAUAUUAA